AUGAUGGAAUCUACGAACAGACCGCCCAUGAUGACCGUCGGUAGCCUGAGGAAAGCUGGAGACUUUCUCCGCGAUCCACGAGAGCCCGGGAGGUCGGAGGAGGCCAAGUCAAGCCUCUCGACGACCCGAGCGAUAGGAAAAUUGGAAGGCACGGAAACAAAGCAAUGACAAUUGAUGUAGAUAAAAGGUAAAUACGUACCUCGGAGAGAAGUUAAAUGGUAGAUCGGAGAAGCAAGUCAAGGAAAACCCAAUUGAAAGCAAACCACUGUUUUUGCGCCAGUGGUUCUUCAAAAGUUCUUGCCCCUAGGGCAUGAGGUUUAGCACCUUCACCCUUCCAAUCACCUUUAGGUGGCCAUAUACUGGUGUCCUCUUGGAUAGUAUGGCAGCAGUGAUUGCCUUGACACCCCUUAUCUCCAUGUCAAUAGAGGGUACUGGGCUGUCCUCUGUGAUAUUCCCCCAGGCCUGCGGCCAAAGGGUGGUUCGGGCACCGAUAGAUCAGGCCAAGCAAUGGGGCACAGACUUAGCAGGCCAAUUACAGGUGUAGUGUUCUGCCAGCAGCAGGAGACCAAACAGCACGGAGAGAGAGCGAUAUGUAACAUAAUCCAAUCAAAUUUGCCUAUUAGCAAACCUAGUUGCUGAAGGACUAGAAAAAUAAAACAUAAUUUGCCAUGAUAUAAUACCUUUGUAUCUAUCUAGGCAAGGUUAGAAGAACUUUAUUAUAUGACAGUGUUUUAAACUUCUGUAAUUCCUGAAGUGACUUGCCUUAGGGUGAACUAUUUCCUGGCAUCUUUAUGGUGUUAUAGCCCCUACAACUAACCCAGCCAUUACAGGACCUACCAUUAGGUCCUAGUCACUAAGUGCUCCUUCGUGAUGCCCAAGAUGAUGGGGAGAAGAAGGAGCAGCUUCCCUCACCCGGCCGGUGUAACCCACGUACGGGACAGUCGGAUCUGUACGCCGGGGUCCCGGCACUCAGAGGUCUCAUAGGGGGCUGGAUGCCUAAAGCCUCCUGAGACCUCCAAACAGCAUAACCCGCCGACCGUAAAGCGGCAGAGGGAAAGAAAAGGGGGAGGGGGGAGAAACAGUAGAGGGGGUGGAUAUAAGCAGUCCCAGAAGGAAAAUGGCGGUGCAGUAAAGUACAUAAAGGCACCGAAGGAAUCCAAAAAGGCACAGUAAGGUAUAUAAAAGCUACAUACAAUGUAUACUGCAAGGUACAUACAAAGUACAUAUAAUAUACUGCAAGGUGCAUAAAAGGCACAUGGAUAUAUAAAGGCACAGUAAGGCCCACCAGACCCCCCAUGAAUCCAAAGAUAGUCUAACACACAUAUAGGAAAGCAUAAGCUGCACAGAAAAUCCCGCCCCCCUCCCCCCCCCAAAAAAAAAACCUCUAAAAACAAGUGUAAAUAAGUAAUAAAUCCCACUAAUAUUAGCAGGAGGUAGUGGUACUCUGACCUGUACUGACUGCGGAGCAGCAAAGAAAGGGGCAAUGAUGCAUGGGGAGGGGAGUUUUAUAGUAACUUCUGAUUGGUUGUUUUCUGUGCUGCUGUGGAGUUCUAGUAAAGAGAGACUUAAGCAAAUACGAAGCUUCCUGUCAUGUUAUAAAAUUUACCUACAGCAGGCUCCCAGCCUAGGAGGUAAAUUGCCUGCACACUUCCACUUCUGGGUGGUCCUCCUAACUUUUUCUGCCACUUUUUAUAUAUGAAGAGUAUUCUGGAUUUCUUCCGUCUAAAUUGUUUUUUUUUUUUUCAAAUGUGAGAAUAUAUUAAACACCUUUUUUAGUUCAAAUUUUAGAAUAAUUUUAUAGGAAACAAUGUAAUAAUCCUGGACAGAUUCGAGACCAAAAAAGAGUCCCCUUUUCAGAACCCAUUGAUGAAUCUCAUCGACUGUAAACAGAUGCAGUUAAUGUGUCUCAAGGUGGAAUACAGAUCUGGGUCAUUUUAAUGGAAGCCCUGGGAUUUCUAAGGUUUAUACAGUUGAGGAAUGCACUGCGUCCUUGUUUCUCCAUGGUGAGAUUAUGACCCAUUCCGAAUUAGACCGGUUAGGUAGACGUGUAAUAUUCACCAGUAGGUGUUGGUAAUGUUAUGUAGUGCAGAGAAGACUCACAUGUUGGUGAAUAACCCCGUACAGAGACGGCACUGAAUGAUGGAUGUAAGAAAUCCACCGGUUUUGCUGCUGUCCAGGUUAUGAAUGGACGAGCACUAUAUUCAGGUUCUAUACUGAUGGCCGUUCUUGAUUUGCGAAUACUGCCCUAAGCAUGUUCUCCAUUUAUACAGGUUUCCUAAUAGUGUUUUUAAAAUGUCUCUUGGUUUAAAGUCACGGUGGGCUUAUAUUCUGACCUCUAGAGUUUUAUCUUCCUAGAACUCUUCACAUUUCAGAUGAUGUUAUUCUU